AUGACGCUAUGUAUGAACUGCAAGUUUCUCCAAGAGGUGCUUAUGUUCAACUGUCGUUCCAUAACACAUGCUGUUAUUGCUUCUGCAAUCUGCCAGAGACCAAGUUUAAGUUCUUUAUCUGUUACCGACUUUAAAGAAGCUAGAGAAAGAGAAAAUGUUACUUCGUGCUUCAUUGAUUCAUUGAUGAGUUUGAAGCGCUUAACUUGUCUUGAUUUGUCCUAUUCAUGCAUUACUGAUUCGUUGCUUUACUCUCUAACACUUGCAGCUCUUCCUUUGAGGAAACUUGUCCUCCAAGGUCGCUGCCAAUAUACUUAUACCGGUAUCUCUUGUUUCUUGUCAAAGUGUCGAUCUCUGCAGCAUCUAGAUAUUCAACGUGCAAAGUUUUUGAAUGAUCGUCGUUUCAAUGUGCUGUGUGCAUUUCUUGGUGAUUUAGUGUCUAUAAAUGUGAGUGGUUGUGACAAGCUCACCAAUUCAGCCUUCUUUGCACUCCUUAGGAACUGUCCUUUGCUCACUGAGAUCAGAAUGGAGUCAACAAAUAUUGGAGCAUUUGAGGUUUCCAAACUGGAGGUGCUGAACUUGUCAGACUCAAGAAUUGAUGAUGGUGCAUUGUAUGCAAUCUCAAAGAGUUGCCCUCGGCUUCUACAUCUGGACCUGGAAGGAUGUCAUCAUGUCACGGAGAAGGGAGUGAGGCUAGUGUUAGACAAAUGCAUACACCUGAGAGAGCUUAAUUUGGAAUAUUGUCGUAAAGUGUCUGCUGAUACUGUUGCCAAGAUGAUACUUUUGAGGCCAUCAUUGAGAGAAAUAAUUGCACCGCCUCUUUUGAGUCUGUGA